UAGUUUCACACGAAACACAACACGCCAUAUCACAUAAAUUCUACACUUACUUUAAACAUUAAAAAAAAAACAUAAAUAAAUUAAUGCUCGUUUUUGUUCUUACAAUUAUGGGCUACAAGCAUGCGUGCAAUGCUUACGUAUGAGCCAUCAAUUGGUCAAAGGGUAUUUCAAGUGCGAACACCCUAAGACAUCGCGAUCGCGUAUUUAUGCACAACAGCACAUAGUUUGUGGACUCGUGUUUUUUAUUUAUCCGAGCACAAAAUGACGUUAUUUGCGUUUCUAAAAAGCCGGCCAAUAUUCUGGGCAAGCGUGGCGGGCACCUCGGUGGGUUGCGCCUGUUUUAUAAAAGACCUUAUGCAAGGCGGCAAAUUCACAAAAGAGACGGAUGAAUCGGACAAAGUUGUUAUUGUUACCGGCUCGAAUACGGGCAUAGGCAAGGAGACGGUGCGGGAGUUGGCGCGAAGGGGAGCCACAGUUUAUAUGGCCUGUCGAGAUAUGAAAAAGUGCGAACAGGCACGAGAGGAGAUUGUACUAGAGACCAAAAACAAAUACGUUUACUGCCGCGAAUGUGAUCUGGCAUCCAUGGACUCCAUACGUAACUUUGUGGCCACCUUCAAGCGGGAACAGGCCAAUCUGCACAUACUCAUCAACAAUGCCGGUGUCAUGCGCUGUCCUCGUUCAUUGACCAAAGAUGGGUUUGAGAUGCAGCUGGGCGUCAAUCACUUGGGACACUUUCUACUUACAAAUUUAUUGCUAGACGUGCUAAAGAAAUCGUGUCCCAGCCGCAUCGUAAAUGUGUCCAGUUUGGCGCAUACGCGAGGUGAAAUCAACACGGGAGAUCUAAACAGUGAGAAGUCCUAUGAUGAUGCAAAGGCCUACAACCAAAGCAAAUUGGCCAAUAUUCUAUUUACACGGGAACUGGCCAGACGGUUGGAGGGAACUGGAGUAACAGUUAAUGCCCUGCAUCCCGGCAUAGUCGACACUGAACUCUUUAGGCAUAUGGGCUUUUUUACCAACUUCUUUGCAGGCUUGUUCGUUCGGCCUCUGUUUUGGCCAUUUGUUAAGACGGUCAGGAAUGGGGCACAGACGAGUCUGUAUGUAGCGCUCGAUCCGGAGUUGGAAAACGUAACUGGGAAAUACUUUAGCGACUGCCAUUUUCAGGAAGUAGCGGGCGCUGCGACAGAUGCACAAACUGCCAAAUGGCUUUGGGCUGUGAGCGAAAAAUGGACGUGUGCACCAGUACUGGAUGUCAAGACUGAAUAAAGUUAUCCUCUAAAAAAUAA